AUCGUUUGAAGGACUCUCUUUAACAACAUGGUAUGUAUCUGGGUGCUGUUAUCUAGAGAAAUUGAUUUUAUGGGCAUGGGUAUUGAUCUGGUUGCUGGAGGCCGCAAUUGCGGACAUAAGAAACGACAAGCUCCUAAGAGUGAGAACGUGUACUUGGCCCUGCUGGUCAAUCUGUAUCGCUUCCUUGCUCGCCGCACUAACGCUAGAUUCCCGGAGGUGGUUCUGAAGCGUCUUUACAUGAGCCGCAUCAACCGCCCUCCCAUGAGUCUGAGCAGACUGAUGAAGCACAUGCAGGGAAAGGAGGACAAGAUCGCCGUGAUCGUGGGAACCGUCACUGACGAUAUUCGCGUGAUCGAAGUGCCUGCCCUGAAGGUGUGCGCUCUCCGCUUCACUGAGACCGCUCGUGCCCGCAUCCUGAAGGCUGGAGGCGAGUGCAUCACUCUGGACCAGCUGGCUCUGCGUGCUCCCACCGGAGCCAACACGGUGCUGCUGCAGGGCCACCGCAGUGCUCGCGAGGCCGUGAGACACUUCGGAACUCCGGGUACUCCUGGAAGCAAGGCGCGCCCCUACGUGCGUUCGACUGGUCGCAAGUUCGAGAGAGCUCGUGGUCGCCGUGCGAGCAUGGGAUACAAGGUUUAAGUGGACGAGAGUAUCUUAUGGUUCCUUCAAAGUU